CUCCCGUCUUAUAAGAUUUCCUGACCAUUUUUUCCCUAUUUGGGUAGCCUUUCAGGUGAGCCUCUCUAGGGCCUCAAUAGCCAGCCUUUACGAAUACAAAAUCUGUUCCUCUCCCUGUGUUAGCUUCCCUUCUCUCCCUCUCUCUAUCUGAUCUCUUUCGGUUUCAGACUCAGUGCUUCUCUCUAUAUAAUUUACGUCUUUAGAGUGUUUCCCUUCGCCUCUUUCAUAAAAUAAUCGCUGUUCUUCUCACCUCCAAAACACACGCAAACAUAACUCUCUGAGGGGGAGAGAAUUUGGUCGGUGUGGAUAUGUUGACAAUGGAAGAGGUUCUGCGUGAGCUCGCUGGGGAAGACAUGAACGAGCGAGGUUUGCCACCGGGGUUUAGGUUCCACCCAACUGACGAAGAACUUAUCACCUUUUAUCUUGCUUCGAAGGUGUUUAAUGGCAGCUUUCGUGGUGUGGAGAUUGCAGAGGUUGACCUUAACAGAUGUGAACCUUGGGAGCUUCCAGAUGUGGCAAAAAUGGGGGAGAGAGAGUGGUAUUUCUUCAGCUUGAGGGACAGGAAGUACCCAACCGGGUUAAGAACAAACAGAGCAACCGGAGCCGGGUACUGGAAAGCCACAGGCAAAGACAGGGAAGUUUACAGUGCGUCCAGUGGAGCUCUUCUUGGGAUGAAGAAGACCCUUGUUUUCUACAAGGGCAGAGCCCCACGUGGCGAGAAAACCAAGUGGGUCAUGCACGAGUACCGCCUCGACGGUGACUUCUCCUACCGCCACACGUGUAAGGAGGAAUGGGUGAUUUGCAGGAUUUUUCACAAAAUGGGAGAGAAGAAAAAUCCAUUUCUUCAAGGACAAAGUUAUCUUUUGGAAGCUCUUUCAUCCCCCAACAGGACAUGCUUGCCUCCAUUGCUAGAAACCCCAACAACGUUAUUAGAAUGUCAAUUUCAGACCCCAAUAAUGCAGGGUAUCCAAAACCCUCUUCUCAUUAAUAGCCAAGAAAACGACCUGAUCAAAAGCCUAAUACAUCCAGUUGUUUCCCAAUCCCACCUAUUCCCAAGAAAUAAUGGGUUCCAACCUUCUUUUGCGGCCAAUCCCACUACAGUCACCGGCACCACCGUCGCAACAAACAAAAGCACAAACACCAACAACAACCCAUCACCAUUACCAUUACCCUCGAUGCUCUUCAAAUCCUUGCUCUCACAUCAAGAUGGCAGUUCUUUUAAGGAACAUAUCGCUAUUCAGAAACAGUGCAAGACAGAGGCAAACUUUUCCCACUUCCAGCUACCAGCCAAUGCUAACUUGCAAUGGAUGGAUAGGGUUCACCCGAGUACAAAUCAAUAUCAAAAUUCCUUGCUAUCUGAGAUUGAUUGUGGCUUGUUGGGGUUCUCUGCAUUUGCUUCUGCACCCGCAGCAGAUGCUACUAUUACUGAUACGUCCACUUCAAUUGCCUUCAACAGGGCUGGCUUUUAGCUGAGAUAUCAGUCAGGAUGCUUGGAAAAUCUUGGGCUUCGUCGAGUGCUUAAAUUCUUCUUGUUUAACCUUAUAUUAUUAGUUUAUAUAUACAUAUGGUAUCCUAUAGAGUCUAUGAUGUAUGUAGUGUUUCUUUAAGUGUAGACAGCCAUGUCCAUAGUCUAUCCAUGCAAUCAAAUGUAUUAUUGGACAUUUUCUGCAGAUUUAGGAGUGCUAUUUGUUA